AUGGAACGAAGAGCUGAAGAGUAGAUUAAUCAACUCAAAGAAACAUAAUUUUAAAGUAAUUACCAGAAGAUUUAAACUAUGGGCGUCAAAGAAAAAGAUGCUUUCAGUGAGGAUAAUGCAAGUAGAGAUGAAAUGAUUGAAAAAAUCAAAGGAAUUAAAAUGUUGGAAGGCAAAAUCAACAGUGGUGAAUAAAUUCAAUUCAGAAUGAAGAUACCAGAGAAUAUGGAUAAAAUUAUUGAUUACUAUUCCUCUUAAAAAUCAAAGAUGUACCAAUUAAAAAAAUAACAAGAUGAUUAAGUUAAAUAGGAAGAAGUCAUUGAUUAAGGAAAGAAAAAAGAAAAAGAAAAAUUCUUCACUAAAUAGGGAACACAACAAAGAGAAUUUAGGAAGAAAGCUAGACUCAUGUUUUAAAAAGCAGCAGAAAUGAAACGGUGUUAAGAUGAUGUAAAUUUCUAUGAAUUAUUGCUUGAAAUCUACUAGAAACUAAUAUAAGAAUAAAAAACUCGCACAUAUAAGGUGAAUUGCACUAUUUAAUUCAUUAAAAUAAAAGACGAAAGAGUAGGUAUUAUAAAGAUAAUUUCUAUAAAUGAAAUAAUGAAGAUUAAACGAGUUACUAGGGAACGAGAUGGAAACCGUAAAUAAUCAGUCUUCUUGAAAAAUAUUUAACCUUCAAGAGAGUUAGGUGCUAAAGGAUCAAAAUUGUCAGCCACUAAUUUAUCGAGCCAAUUUGAAAAUUCAAAAUUUGUGUCUAUGGCAAGCGAAAACGAGACUAAAUAAUAGAUUAGCCCUGUAGAUCUUAAAGUUAAUCCCAAGUUCCCUCUUAUGAAGGAUAAGUCCUUUAAAGGAAAUCUAGGUUAUCAGAUGAAUGCUCCAAUUCAAGAAAUUGAUGACGAUAAGGAUUUACUGAUUGAUAGUAAAGCUUUUAAUAAGAUGAUUAACUGGGAUACCUUUUAAUAACAAUUCAAGAUGCAACAGGGAGCACUCAACUUUUCACUUAAUGCUGGCGAUAAUAUAUUCAGGAAGGAAGAUAAUAACAAGCCUCGUAAAUUCUUGAUUAAAAUCGCUUAUUUGACAUGGUUUUUGAGAAUAAUGUUUGUUGCCAUCAUUACGUUAAAUCUGCUGACUUACUUCCUAAAACCCUUUGUAGAAUUCAACCCUAUGAUUUCUCAAUCCAACAGAAUCUUAGCAUUAUCUUAAAUGUAAACAACCAUGAUUGAGACUUAUGAUACUCUCUUGGAUCUUUUAAUAUUCCGAGAAGAUUCUGAUUUUAAUGAAAUGGGAAUGUCGGACAAAUUAACCUAUUAUAAUUAUCAACUGUCUUCUAUUCAGGAGAGUUAUAAGUUUCUUAAACUGCAGAUUAAAGAUUUAGAUUAGCUAUAGACUUUUCUUGAUGAUGGCAUUUUCUAUUCCAAUGCCAUUUUAGAUGAAUCUAUACUUGGGUAAGCCAAUACCACUCUCACUCUAGAUAGUAAAGACUACUUCACCAAGUUCAUUAUGCUAGAACAUGAGAUAUCCAUGAUGGAUGCUUCAGUAUUAGAGGUCAUAGGCCCAUCAGAUCCAUUUGUUAAAUUUAUUAGAUACGUCACAAUACCAUAAUUAUACAACCAACUAAAUAAUGCAGUUAUGGAGUUGUAGAGUAUUGUGUUGGAAAAGUCUGAUUCUAUUUCUGAUUUUGUUGUGGUGAUACUGAGCAUAGAAGGAUCUCUUUUGGCUAGUGGGUUUUUUGGAUUAUUAGUCAUAAUCUUCUGGAUUAGUCAAACAUACAAAGCAGUUUUAAAGAUCUUCAUACUUAUUUAGAAGAAUGAUUUAAAUAAAAUAGUCAAAUAGCAAAAGUUCAUCGAAAAUCAAUUUAAGUAUAUCAUAACAAAAGACCUAGAAAUCAGUGGAGUUUAACCAAAAGGGGUUUAUCAAAGAUUUAAUUCACUUUCCUCUAAACAUAAUUUUCAAAUGCAACAAAACUUCCUCUUAAUCAACGAAGAAGAAGAGUAGAAUAUGAAUAAGAAGAGAGAAAAGAAUAUCAUCGAUCGAUAAUUGCUAAAAUCGUUGACUCUUAAACUAUAUGCCACCUAUAUCAUCUUGGUUCUAUUAUCUGCUGGGGCUUCCUUCGCCUUCUUCUUUACUCUAAAACAAGCCAGUAGCGAUAUUAGUAAUCUUAUUUAAAUUGGAUCUGUUACUAUUUCAGACUUUUCAGAUAAUUAACUAUUAUUAGUAUCUGUUAAGGAGCGAUAUUAUAAUGAGGAUAAUUAUCAAUCAAAUUACCUACCUAAAGUUAAGACUUUGCUAGAGAGUCAAAUUGAAAGUGUCAAGCAAACUCCUUAAAUUGAUGAUCCUGGACAUGGAAACUACUAUGAUGGAUUUUAAGCAAUUUAUUUUGAUAAUCUUUGCUAUUAUCUAUUUAAUCAAUCCUAACUAUCUUCAUCUGAAUAGACGGAUUGUGAGCAGUUAGUGAAUGGCAAAUUAAAAGACGGAAUAGUGGCAUUUAAUUAGUAUUUCCUCUCAAAUGUCUAGGAUUAUGUUCUAUUAAAUAUAGAUAGAUUUGGGUACAUCAAUAAUAAAAUGAUUUGGAAUCUUAAUUCCUGUAUUGAUUAUGUCAAAACAGCUUUCAAAACUUUACUUACAGAGAUUUAAAUGUAAUUAAUUGAUUCUAAUAUCACAUUAGUUUUAGUGUUGCUAAUUGUUAUGCAAUUAUUUUAAUUAUUUGUCUUUCUGGCAAUUGCUGAAAUGUACUUGGUAAGCCAACUCAAUAAGACCUUUUCCUUUUAUCGAUUAGUUUACAAAUCCUAUAUGCCAAAUGAUAUAAUUUAGAAAGAGAAAAUCAUAAGAGCUCAAUUAAUACGUUACAAUAUAAUUAAGAAAUGA